GAGUUCAUUCUCUCAGGACUGACAGAUCGUCGGGAGCUGCAGGUCCCCAUGUUUUUGUUGUUCCUACUGAUUUACGUUACUACUCUGAUCUGUAAUGGUGGGAUGAUCUUGUUAAUCACAAUAGACCCACAACUUCACACCCCCAUGUACUUUUUCCUCAGGACUUUGUCUUUCUGUGAUCUCUGCUGUUCCACAGUAAUAGCCCCUAAGAUGCUGCAGACUUUCUUAGCUGAAAGGAAAAGCAUUUCAUACAUUGCCUGUGCUGUGCAAAUGUAUUGCUUCCUUGUUUGUUUAGAUAUUGAGUGUCUGUUGCUGGCUGUGAUGGCGUAUGACCGUUAUGUGGCCAUCUGUAACCCGCUGCUCUAUAUGGUCACUAUGUCCAGGCAGCGGUGUAACCAGCUGGUGGCUGGGGUGUGCGCUGUGGGGUUGGUGGAUGCGUUGAUACUCAUAUGUUGUACAUUUCGGUUAUCAUUCUGCAGCUCCAACGUCAUCAAGCACUUCUUCUGUGGUAUCGCCCCACUGCUGCCACUCUCCUGCUCUGACACCCGCAUCAAUGAGAUUGUGAUGUUUGCUUCUGCUUGUUAUACUAUAGCGAUCACUGGUGUGAUCAUCCUCCUCUCCUACGCCUGUAUAAUCUCUACCAUCCUUCAGAUCCCAUCUGCCGAGGGCCAGCGCAAACCCUUCUCCACCUGCGCUUCUCACUUGACCACAGUGGGCAUGUUUUAUGGCACUCUCAUUUUUAUGUCCCUCCGACCGACCUCCAGCUAUGCUAUGGACACAGACAAAAUAGCCUCAGUAUUCUACACGCUGGUGAUCCCCAUGUUGAACCCCCUUAUCUACAGCCUGAGGAACAGGGAGGUGAAGGACGCCCUGAGAAAAGCCAUGAAUAAACUCCUAAGGAAUUCCUGAAUGUGUUCCUUCCUUUGCAGUUUGAGUGAUGGGAAUUGGAAAUAGGUGAAUUC